AUGAAACGGACCGGCAAGUCACUCAAAACCGCAGCCAAGGACAAGGACAGCCGUAUGGGCGGCUGCAGCACGGCGACGUCCCGAAUCACCGCGACGGACAGCGGAAUCGGAAGCGCAUCUGCGACGGACUGCAGUAAGUGCGAUUCACCCGACAACGUUCAGCAGCACGGCGACGUCCCGAAUCACCGCGACGGACAGCGGAAUCGGAAGCGCAUCUGCGACGGACUGCACAGCACGGCGACGUCCCGAAUCACCGCGACGGACAGCGGAAUCGGAAGCGCAUCUGCGACGGACUGCAGUAAGUGCGAUUCACCCGACAACGUUCAGCAGCACGGCGACGUCCCGAAUCACCGCGACGGACAGCGGAUCGGAAGCACAUCUGCGACGGACUGCAGUAAGUGCGAUUCACCCGACAACGUUCAGCAGCACGGCGACGUCCCGAAUCACCGCGACGGACAGCGGAAUCGGAAGCACAUCUGCGACGGACUGCACAGCACGGCGACGUCCCGAAUCACCGCGACGGACAGCGGAAUCGGAAGCGCAUCUGCGACGGACUGCAGUAAGUGCGAUUCACCCGACAACGUUCAGCAGCACGGCGACGUCCCGAAUCACCGCGACGGACAGCGGAAUCGGACGCGCAUCUGCGACGGACUGCACAGCACGGCGACGUCCCGAAUCACAGCGACGGACAGCGGAAUCGGAAGCGCAUCUGCGACGGACUGCAGUAAGUGCGAUUCACCCGACAACGUUCAGCAGCACGGCGACGUCCCGUAUCACCGCGACGGACAGCGGAAUCGGAAGCGCAUCUGCGACGGACUGCACAGCACGGCGACGUCCCGAAUCACCGCGACGGACAGCGGAAUCGGAAGCGCAUCUGCGACGGACUGCAGUAAGUGCGAUUCACCCGACAACGUUCAGCAGCACGGCGACGUCCCGAAUCACCGCGACGGACAGCGGAAUCGGAAGCGCAUCUGCGACGGACUGCACAGCACGGCGACGUCCCGAAUCACCGCGACGGACAGCGGAAUCGGAAGCGCAUCUGCGACGGACUGCAGUAAGUGCGAUUCACCCGACAACGUUCAGCAGCACGGCGACGUCCCGAAUCACCGCGACGGACAGCGGAUCGGAAGCACAUCUGCGACGGACUGCAGUAAGUGCGAUUCACCCGACAACGUUCAGCAGCACGGCGACGUCCCGAAUCACCGCGACGGACAGCGGAAUCGGAAGCACAUCUGCGACGGACUGCACAGCACGGCGACGUCCCGAAUCACCGCGACGGACAGCGGAAUCGGAAGCGCAUCUGCGACGGACUGCAGUAAGUGCGAUUCACCCGACAACGUUCAGCAGCACGGCGACGUCCCGAAUCACCGCGACGGACAGCGGAAUCGGACGCGCAUCUGCGACGGACUGCACAGCACGGCGACGUCCCGAAUCACAGCGACGGACAGCGGAAUCGGAAGCACAUCUGCGACGGACUGCAGUAAGUGCGAUUCACCCGACAACGUUCAGCAGAACGGCGACGUCCCAAAUCACCGCGACGGACAGCGGAAUCGGAAGCACAUCUGCGACGGACUGCAGUACUGCCAUUCACCCGAUAACGUUCAGCAGAACGGCGACGUCCCAAAUCACCGCGACGGACAGCGGAAUCAGAAGCACAGCUGCGACGGACUGCAGUAA